CAGAGCGCAGACUGGUCGGGUCCGCGGAGCCAACGGUGGAGAGAUGUUGAAGUUCAAGUAUGGAGGACGGAAUCUACUGGAUGCUGGUGCCGUGGAACCCAUUGCUAGCCGGGCCUCCAGGCUGAAUCUUUUCUUCCAGGGGAAACCACCCUUUAUGACUCAACAGCAGAUGUCUCCUCUUUCCCGAGAAGGGAUAUUAGAUGCCCUCUUUGUUCUCUUUGAAGAAUGCAGUCAGCCCGCUCUGAUGAAGAUUAAGCACGUGAGCAACUUUGUGCGGAAGUAUUCCGACACCAUAGCUGAGUUGCAGGAGCUCCAGCCUUCGGCAAAGGACUUUGAAGUCAGAAGUCUCGUCGGUUGUGGUCACUUUGCUGAUGUGCAGGUGGUAAAAGAGAAAGCAACUGGGGACAUCUAUGCCAUGAAAGUCAUGAAGAAGAAGGCCUUACUGGCCCAGGAGCAGGUUUCAUUUUUUGAGGAAGAACGGAACAUAUUAUCUCGAAGCACAAGCCCUUGGAUCCCCCAAUUACAGUAUGCCUUUCAGGACAAAAAUAACCUCUAUCUGGUCAUGGAAUAUCAGCCUGGAGGGGACUUGCUGUCACUAUUGAACAGAUAUGAGGACCAAUUAGAUGAAACUAUGAUUCAGUUUUACUUAGCUGAACUGAUUUUGGCUGUUCACAGUGUUCAUCAGAUGGGAUAUGUACAUCGAGACAUCAAGCCUGAGAACAUUCUCAUUGACCGAAUGGGACACAUCAAGCUGGUGGAUUUUGGAUCAGCUGCUAAAAUGAAUUCAAACAAGAUGGUGAUUGCCAAACUCCCGAUUGGGACCCCAGAUUACAUGGCUCCUGAAGUGUUGACCGUGAUGAAUGGGGACGGGAAGGGCACCUACAGCCUGGACUGUGACUGGUGGUCGGUGGGAGUGAUUGCCUAUGAGAUGAUUUACGGGCGAUCUCCCUUCACGGAGGGAACUUCAGCCAGAACCUUCAGUAACAUCAUGAAUUUCCAGAGGUUUUUGAAGUUUCCAGAUGACCCCAAAGUUAGCAGCGAAUUCUUUGAUCUGAUUCAAAGUUUGUUGUGUGGCCAGAAAGAGAGACUGAAGUUCGAAGGUCUUUGCUGCCAUCCUUUCUUCUCUAAAAUUGACUGGAAUAACAUUCGUAACUCUCCUCCCCCCUUCGUUCCCACCCUCAAGUCUGACGAUGACACCUCCAAUUUUGAUGAACCAGAGAAGAAUUCGUGGGUUUCAUCCUCUUCGUGCCAGCUGAGCCCCUCGGGUUUCUCAGGCGAAGAACUGCCGUUUGUGGGGUUUUCGUACAGCAAGGCACUGGGGAUUCUUGGUAGAUCUGAGUCUGUUGUUUCGGGUCUGGACUCCCCUGCCAAGACUAGCUCCAUGGAAAAGAAACUUCUCAUCAAAAGCAAAGAGCUACAAGACUCUCAGGACAAGUGUCACAAGAUGGAGCAGGAAAUGACCCGGUUACAUCGGAGAGUGUCAGAGGUGGAGGCUGUGCUUAGUCAGAAGGAGGUGGAGCUGAAGGCCUCUGAGACUCAGAGAUCCCUCCUGGAGCAGGACCUUGCUACCUACAUCACAGAAUGCAGUAGCUUAAAGCGAAGUUUGGAGCAAGCCCGGAUGGAGGUGUCCCAGGAGGAUGACAAAGCACUGCAGCUUCUCCACGAUAUCAGAGAGCAGAGCCGGAAGCUCCAAGAAAUCAAAGAGCAGGAGUACCAGGCUCAAGUGGAGGAAAUGAGGCUGAUGAUGAACCAAUUGGAAGAGGACCUUGUCUCAGCAAGAAGACGGAGUGAUCUCUACGAGUCGGAGCUGAGAGAGUCUCGGCUCGCCGCGGAAGAGUUCAAGCGGAAAGCAACAGAGUGUCAGCAUAAGCUGUUGAAGUCUAAGGAUCAAGGGAAGCCUGAAGUAGGAGAAUAUUCCAAACUGGAGAAGAUCAAUGCUGAGCAGCAGCUCAAAAUUCAGGAGCUCCAAGAGAAGCUGGAAAAGGCCGUCAAAGCCAGCACAGAGGCCACCGAGCUGCUGCAGAACAUCCGCCAGGCCAAGGAGCGCGCUGAGAGGGAGCUGGAGAAGCUGCAGAACCGUGAAGAUUCCUCUGAAGGCAUAAGAAAAAAGCUGGCGGAAGCCGAGGAACGCCGCCAUUCUCUGGAGAACAAGGUAAAGAGACUAGAGACCAUGGAGCGUAGAGAAAACAGACUGAAGGAUGACAUCCAGACAAAAUCCCAACAGAUCCAGCAGAUGGCUGAUAAAAUUCUGGAGCUGGAGGAGAAACACCGGGAGGCCCAAGUCUCAGCUCAGCACCUGGAGGUGCACCUGAAACAGAAAGAGCAACACUAUGAGGAAAAAAUUAAAGUGUUGGACAAUCAGAUAAAGAAAGACCUGGCCGAUAAGGAGACCCUGGAGAAUAUGAUGCAGAGACACGAGGAGGAGGCCCACGAGAAAGGCAAAAUUCUCAGCGAGCAGAAGGCGAUGAUCAAUGCUAUGGAUUCCAAGAUCAGAUCCCUGGAACAGAGGAUUGUGGAACUGUCUGAAGCCAACAAACUUGCGGCCAACAGCAGCCUUUUUACCCAAAGGAACAUGAAGGCCCAAGAAGAGAUGAUUUCUGAACUCAGGCAACAGAAAUUUUACCUGGAGACACAGGCUGGGAAAUUGGAGGCCCAGAACCGGAAGCUGGAAGAACAGCUGGAGAAAAUCAGCCACCAAGACCACAGUGACAAGAAUCGGCUGCUGGAACUGGAGACAAGGUUGAGGGAGGUCAGUCUUGAGCACGAGGAGCAGAAACUGGAACUCAAGCGCCAGCUGACGGAGCUACAGCUGUCCCUGCAGGAGCGUGAGUCACAGCUGACGGCCCUGCAGGCUGCCCGGGCAGCCCUGGAGAGCCAGCUUCGCCAGGCGAAGACAGAGCUGGAGGAGACAACAGCAGAAGCUGAAGAGGAGAUCCAGGCGCUUACGGCACAUAGAGAUGAAAUCCAGCGCAAGUUUGAUGCCCUUCGUAACAGCUGUACUGUAAUCACAGACCUGGAGGAACAGCUAAACCAGCUGACUGAGGACAACGCUGAACUCAACAACCAAAACUUCUACCUGUCCAAACAACUCGACGAGGCUUCCGGUGCCAACGAUGAGAUAGUGCAACUGCGAAGUGAAGUAGACCACCUCCGCCGUGAGAUCACAGAGAGGGAGAUGCAGCUCACCAGCCAGAAGCAAACGAUGGAGGCUCUUAAGACCACUUGCACGAUGCUGGAAGAACAGGUCAUGGAUUUGGAAGCCCUGAACGAUGAGCUGCUGGAAAAAGAGCGGCAGUGGGAGGCCUGGAGGAGCGUCCUUGGUGACGAGAAGUCCCAGUUCGAGUGUCGGGUUCGGGAGUUGCAGAGGAUGCUGGACACUGAGAAGCAGAGCAGGGCAAGAGCCGACCAGCGGAUCACCGAGUCUCGCCAGGUGGUGGAACUGGCAGUGAAGGAACACAAGGCCGAGAUUCUCGCCCUGCAGCAGGCUCUCAAAGAACAGAAGCUGAAAGCUGAGAGCCUCUCCGACAAGCAAGCCAAAUUACAGCAGCAGAUGGACUUGCAGAAGAAUCACAUUUUCCGUCUGACACAAGGGCUGCAGGAAGCUCUAGACCGAGCCGAUCUGCUGAAGACAGAAAGAAGCGAUCUGGAGUAUCAGCUAGAAAACAUUCAGGUUCUCUAUUCUCACGAAAAGGUGAAAAUGGAAGGCACCAUUUCUCAACAAACCAAACUCAUUGAUUUCCUGCAAGCCAAAAUGGACCAACCUGCUAAAAAGAAAAAGGGUUUAUUUAGUCGACGGAAAGAGGACCCUGCUUUGCCCACACAGGUUCCUCUGCAAUACAAUGAGUUGAAGCUGGCCCUGGAGAAGGAGAAAGCUCGCUGUGCAGAGCUAGAGGAAGCCCUUCAGAAGACCCGCAUUGAGCUCCGGUCCGCCCGGGAGGAAGCUGCCCACCGAAAAGCCACAGACCACCCGCACCCAUCCACGCCAGCCACCGCGAGGCAGCAGAUCGCCAUGUCUGCCAUCGUGCGGUCCCCUGAGCACCAGCCUAGUGCCAUGAGCCUGCUGGCCCCGCCGUCUAGCCGCAGAAAGGAGUCUUCAACUCCAGAGGAAUUUAGUCGGCGUCUGAAGGAGCGCAUGCACCACAAUAUUCCUCACCGAUUCAACGUAGGACUGAACAUGAGAGCCACAAAGUGUGCUGUUUGUCUGGAUACUGUGCACUUUGGGCGGCAGGCGUCCAAAUGCCUCGAGUGUCAGGUGAUGUGUCAUCCCAAGUGCUCCACAUGCUUGCCAGCCACCUGUGGCCUGCCUGCUGAAUAUGCCACACACUUCACCGAGGCCUUCUGCCGUGACAAAAUGAACUCCCCAGGACUCCAGUCCAAGGAGCCCAGCAGCAGCUUGCACCUGGAAGGGUGGAUGAAGGUGCCCAGGAAUAACAAACGAGGACAGCAAGGCUGGGACAGGAAGUACAUUGUCCUGGAGGGAUCGAAAGUCCUCAUUUAUGACAAUGAAGCCAGAGAAGCUGGACAGAGGCCGGUGGAAGAAUUUGAGCUGUGCCUUCCCGACGGGGAUGUAUCUAUUCAUGGUGCCGUUGGUGCUUCUGAACUCGCAAAUACAGCCAAAGCAGAUGUCCCAUACAUACUGAAGAUGGAAUCUCACCCGCACACCACCUGCUGGCCCGGGAGAACCCUCUACUUGCUAGCUCCCAGCUUCCCCGACAAACAGCGCUGGGUCACCGCCUUAGAAUCCGUUGUCGCAGGUGGGAGAGUUUCUAGGGAAAAAGCAGAAGCCGAUGCUAAAUUACUUGGAAACUCCCUGCUGAAACUGGAAGGUGAUGACCGUCUAGACAUGAACUGCACGCUGCCCUUCAGCGACCAGGUGGUGUUGGUGGGCACCGAGGAAGGGCUCUAUGCACUGAAUGUCUUGAAAAACUCCCUGACCCAUGUCCCAGGAAUCGGAGCAGUCUUCCAAAUUUAUAUUAUCAAGGACCUGGAGAAGCUACUCAUGAUAGCAGGAGAAGAGCGGGCGCUGUGUCUGGUGGACGUAAAGAAAGUGAAACAGUCCCUAGCACAGUCUCACCUUCCUGCCCAGCCAGACAUCUCGCCCAACAUUUUCGAAGCCGUCAAGGGCUGUCACUUGUUUGCUGCCGGCAAGAUUGAGAAUGGGCUCUGCAUCUGUGCAGCCAUGCCCAGCAAAGUCGUCAUUCUCCGCUACAAUGAAAACCUCAGCAAGUACUGCAUCCGGAAAGAGAUAGAGACCUCAGAGCCCUGCAGCUGUAUCCACUUCACCAAUUACAGUAUCCUCAUCGGAACCAAUAAAUUCUACGAAAUCGACAUGAAGCAGUACACACUUGAGGAAUUCCUGGAUAAGAACGACCAUUCCUUGGCGCCUGCGGUGUUUGCCUCCUCUUCCAACAGUUUCCCGGUCUCGAUCGUGCAGGUGAACGGCGCAGGGCAGCGGGAGGAGUAUUUGCUGUGCUUCCACGAAUUUGGGGUGUUUGUGGACUCUUACGGAAGACGGAGCCGCACGGAUGAUCUCAAGUGGAGUCGCUUACCUUUGGCCUUUGCCUACAGAGAACCCUAUUUGUUUGUGACCCACUUCAACUCACUGGAAGUAAUUGAGAUCCAGGCCCGCUCGUCAUUGGGGACCCCUGCCCGAGCAUACUUGGAAAUCCCGAAUCCACGCUACCUGGGUCCUGCGAUUUCCUCGGGAGCAAUUUACCUGGCGUCCUCAUACCAGGAUAAAUUAAGGGUCAUCUGCUGCAAAGGAAACCUCGUGAAGGAGUCCGGCACUGACCACCACCGGGUCCCUUCCACCUCCCGCAGCAGCCCCAACAAGCGAGGCCCACCCACGUACAACGAGCACAUCACCAAGCGCGUGGCCUCCAGCCCGGCGCCACCCGAAGGCCCCAGCCACCCCCGAGAGCCAAGCACACCCCACCGCUACCGCGAGGGGCGGACAGAGCUGCGCAGGGACAAGUCUCCUGGCCGCCCCCUGGAGCGGGAGAAGUCCCCGGGCCGCAUGCUCAGCACGCGGAGGGAGCGGUCCCCCGGGAGGCUGUUCGAAGACAGCAGCAGGGGCCGGCUGCCUGCAGGAGCCGUGAGGACCCCGCUGUCCCAGGUUAACAAGGUCUGGGACCAGUCUUCAGUAUAAACGUCAGCCGGGAAAACCAACUGCUCAUCUCAGUCUGCAGGAAAACACCAAUACACUAGGGAACUGCGCUGAAGGGGACCCCAGCGCCCAUCUGCUCAGCCACCCUCUGGCACAGCCGGGCCCCGACCCACCUCGGCAUGGACACCCCUGUCUCCAGGAGGUGCAGGUGGCUGAGGCUCUUCGGAGCUGUCAGCGCUCGGUGCCUCCUCUGGGCACCUUCCUGCAGUCAUCUCUUUGCACUUUGUUACUCUUUCAGAGCAUUCAUAAACUUUUGUACCUAGCUCUAGCCUGUACCAGUUCAUCAACGGAAACCAACCGGGAUGCUGACUACCACGUGGUUAGGAUCCUAACUAGCCACUUCAAGAUCCUAGGAUUGGUUGGUUUUUCUUUCUUUCUUUUUUUUUUUUUUUUUUUAAAGACAACAGAAUUCUUAAUAGAUUUGAAUAGCAAUGUAUUUCCUGUUGUAGUCCUUUUUAGCUAGAUCACACCACCAGGUCUUUGCUACUGGAAUGUAGUGUAGAAGCGUCCCCAUCAGUUGGCUAAACCUCCUGCACUCACGUGGGUUCCUCCUUGUUCCUGUCCAUUUCUCAUAGGUGGCCCUGCUCCACCCAGGGUGAUGUCGCAGCCUAAUGUUUACUGUUCUCAUUGCCUUUUGUGGCCUUGACGCCUUCCCCUCCCACCAGCUGAGAAUGUACGGAGGUCGUCGGGCCUCAGCUCGGAGGCAGUGACUUGGGGCCAAGGGACCUCGCGAAGCUUUUCUUCUCGCCCCUCAGCGUCAUCCCCAGCCUGCUGUACCCGCUUUCCAUGUCGCUUUGGCUGGGAAAGCAUGCAAUAGACUUGCUCUGAGCCCAGCAUUAAUGGGUCUCGGGGUCAGGGAGGGGCCUGGGGGUGCACACCUCGUCUGUGACAGCACACUGUCCCCACUCUGGGAUGGGGAGGAGGCCCGUCCAGGAGUUCUGCAUGGCGGUUCACUGCAUGUGCUCCCCACCUGGCUGACCCCUCUGGGUUACUCUGCCGACGUGUUAAUCCCAUCCCAUACCUCCCGCCGAAUCGAGACCCUCUGACGACUUGCCAACUAACUGGCCACCACAGGCUGCAGUCUGUAGCACUGAACAAACAAAAAACAAAACGCUCAAGCCUUACGACCAGAGAAGGAUUUCAGCAAACCACCACCUCCCACUCAGUAUCCCCUCCGGCCUUCAUGCUUCCCUGCUGACUCCCUGGUGGACGACGCUGUAUUCACACACAAUCCAGCGCGGUUCUACCCCACAAAACUGUGACUUCCCAAGGGAGCCUUUCCCUAGGGCUAGACCUAAGACCAGGAAGUUUGAGAAAGAAGCCGCAGCUCAACUUUUCCAACUCUGCCCGGGUUGGGGGUCCUCAUUAGGUGCAGUGCGGCUCCCACCGUCUCUCUACCCUUUAGUAGAGUAGGAAAUUCCUGGCAACUGGUAUAGAACCAACCUAGAGGCUUUGCAGUUGGCAAGCUAACUAGCGGCCUUAUUUCUGCCUUUAAUCUCCCACAAGGCAUCUCUUGCUUUGGAUUCUCCACGACUUAGGCACGCCUCAGUAGCCAAGGCUCAUCCUAGGUAGGCUGAACGGUAGACCCGUUUCCACCGCAGCAGGCGACCAUGACCGUGUUUUCUUCAACCACGUGUCCACGGUUCCGAUCCCUUCCCAGACUGCAACCCGGCCCAAAUCCCGGCUCCUUCCUGCUCGUCUCUUAACCUAAGUGCUUUCUUGUCGGAAACGCCUACAAACCUCCACGUUGUCCCACCUUGGCAAAUGUCCUGCUGUCGCGUUCUAUGUGUUGCUUGGAGUCUUUGGGGUUAUACUCCCUCUCCUCCCACGCCCAGGGCACAUGUGACUGAAUGUUUGCUGAAGAUUUUGUCUCUUGGUCCACAAGUAUUUGAAAAGGUCACUGGAAACUGGUCUUUCAGUCUUGGCAUUUCAUUUAGGAUCUCCAUGAGAAAUGGGCUUCUCCAGCCCCGAAAGUAUAUAUUGUGUGUCUCAUCUGUGAAAUGCUUCCUGCUAUAUAGAACUAGCUCAAAACACUGUACAUAUUUACAAGAAACUUUAUAUUCGUAAAAAAAAAAAAAAAAAAGGAAAUUGAAUUGGUUUCUACUUUUUUAUUGUAAAAGGUGCAUUUUUCAACACUUACUUUUGGUUUCAAUGGUGGUAGUUGUGGACAGCCAUCUUCCCUGGAGGGUGGGGAGCUCCGUGUGGCCACCAAGAUGCCAGCAGGAAACACCGUAACACGAAAUUGCAGUCAAAAGCUUAUUAGCAUAAAUAAAGAUUCUAGGUCUCCAAAAGUACAGGCUUUUUCUUCAUUACCUUUUUUUAUUCAGAACGAGGAAGAGAACACAACACGUCAAGAUCCACCUUGAGAGGAAUGAACUUUGUUGUUGAACAAUAGUGAAAUAAAGCAAUGAUCUAAA